AAAAAAAAAAAAAAAAAAGCACACAUCAACCCACCUCAAACAAAAAAAAACCCAAAAGGAGAAAAAGAAACAUCCUUUGUUUCCUCGAAGUUGAAUCAUUCUUUAUGCCUUCUCAAUUAUGGGGAGUCAAUGGUUCCCAACAUGCUCAUCUGUGCAGAAACAUGUUCAUAACGUAAUCAUAGUUAUUUAGGUAUGGAUUUAUACACGAAUGAUAGGGAGGACACAAUACAAAUUUCUGGAAAUAUAUGAAUAUAUGUGUACAUGUAUUAAAAACAUUUUGAAAAAAUAAAAUCGUGGGCCAAAGAUUUCUUGGCCCAAGCGUAGCUUUGCCAUUGUUAAACAUUGGUGUCUACAGCAGGAAUAGAGUACUAUCUAAAGCAAAGAAAAAUAUCGCAACAUGUUGUGGACUAAUAAUUUUUGUUUUUUAUUUAUCAGAGAAUGACUUUUUUGUGUUAGGAUAAGACCUGACAUUCUUAGACACGACUUGUGAAAUCGACAUGACUUGGGUGUAGUCUUAAUGCAUUGGGGUGGUUAACGGGUUAAUUUGAUAAAUUCUAAAAAAAUAUAGGUAUCUCAGUCACUCCCUCAUCUCACGCCUCCCAUCUCUUAGACUCAUUUGAAUUUGGUAGUAAUUUAAUAUUUAUUUUUUGUUUUUUAUUUUUUCAGCUAUGAUUUAUUGUUAUAAUAAAUAAGUUAAACAAGUGUAAUGUCCGGUGAGUUGAUGAUUUUUUGUGUGAACUCAAAAUAUUUUAACAGAAUAUCUUAUUUACUAGUGACACAAGAGUUAUGUCGGAUAACUCAUCUAAUAAACGAGUUUGUGUAUAGGUGUUAUAGUUGGACCCGUUUAUAUAAACGAAUAGGGUAUAGAUAGAGAGUUUUUUGACACGAACACGUUCCACCUGAUACGAAACUGUUCCACUCGACACGAUUGCCAGGCCUAGUUAGGAUAUAAGGAAAACACAUUUUGAUUGAGACUUGUUUUGAAUAUGGUAGAGAGGAUCUUGGUUUUCAAAAUUUGAUUGAAUGAGGGCUCCAAAUUUGGUGUUAGUAGUAAGAUGGAUUGGUCUUGGUGAAUGGUCCAGAUUGUAGGGUCUUUGGUUGACCAAUAUAAGAACAUCUCCAAUAGACUCUUUAUUCUCACUCAAAUUUUAUUAUAGGGAUUCGACCUUUAAAAUUUUUUUUCCAAUAAACUAUUUAUUUAGACUCUCUAAAAUAAUGAAUCCAAUAUGACUCUCCACAUUUAGAAAGUCAAACUCAGUCUUUAUUCUAUUUUUUUGAAACAGAAAAAAAGUAUAUAUUUGUCUUUUCAUCCAAGACAUUUAAGGUAAAUGUAUGUCAUUUAAAACAAUAGAGGAAAAAUAUGAGGGAAGUCAAAUUUUUUACAAAAAAGGACAAAACAUAAAAUGAUAAAAUGACAAGAAUAUAGAGUCCUAUUGGAGUGGUGUGUAAAAAUUCACUCUCUAUUGUAACUCUUUAUCUAUUUUAGAAAAGAUGCUUUCUAAAAUAAAGAGCACUGUUGGAGAUGCUCUAAGAAUAUUGGCUUCCUCUUGGCAGUAAUACUGUAGUAUCUGAAUGUGAAGGACUUAAGGGUCCAAACCAUGUAAUAAAAACGGCAGGACUGAAGUUGAAAGCAGAAAUGUCAAGUGCACGGGAUAAGAUUAUACUUCUUCUGGAUACUACACUUAUUCAAAUGGUGCUAUUGAAUAGAAGUUUCCUACUUCGUGUUUGUUUUAGGAUUUUAAAUUAGGGUAUCCAAUAGGUAUGAGAACAUUCAAAUUUAAUGGAAUCAAGAGUAUUGGAAGAGGGGAAGAUGGCGAUCUAGGUAAUGUGAUUCGUAGAAACCACACUACUUGGGGAUGGCUUGCAUUCCUGCAAGAAUGUGACGCUUGUUUCACUUGACUAUCCCAAGCCAGCGUGGGAUGUCGCAAUCUGUGUAGGCUUAAGCAGCCUUUAAAAAAUUAUCAAAUUUCUUUAUGAGAAGGGCAUGGAAUCUAUUGCUCAAGGUUUGUUAUCUCCUACCUCAAUAUGUGUAGCUGGUUUAUAGCCAGGGUAUAGGCAAACUACCUUUCUAAUAUGUCUUAAUCUAUUCUCUCGACUUACGGGUCAUUAUGAUUGAAAACUCGGAUGGUUGGAUUAGACUUGGGUAUUGUGCAAGUAGGGGUGCAACUUGGGUUGGGCAACCCGAGCCUAACCCGAAAAAAUUAGGGUUUAGGCAAGGGUGUUUAAUACUUGUGUUGGGUUUGGGUUAAAAAAUUCAACCCAAAUUCAAUUUGGGUUGGGCUCGGGUUAAGGCCUGGUGAACCCGAAUUCAACCCGAACCCGACAAAAUAAAAAAAAAAAUUAUAUAUAUAUUAGAUAUAUAAAGCAUUAGUACUGAUUUUUUAUUUUUGUUCUAUCGUUUUCUGUCUCUCUCGUUCUCUCAGUCUCUCUCGUUAAAAAUUUGGUUGAAAUUAUUGGUUGUUAAUUUAAAUGAAUAUUAUGUAAUAUAUGUAUUAGGUUUAGAAUAACAAGCCUAUUUUGGGCUCUACCCGAAUUGAACCCAUAAAGUAACCCGAAAUCAUUAACCCGAGUCCGCCCGAAUUAAACUCAGGUAGUGCUCGAGUUGAGCUUCCCAACCCAAGGUAGGGUUAGGGUUAGGGUUAGGGUUAGGGUUGAAGAUUAUAUACCUGGGGUUGAAUUAUGGUUGAUUGUCCAACCCGCCCAAGUUGCACACCUAUGCAAGUGUUUUCAAAGCUCCAAUGGUACUGUGUUUUGAUUUGUUUAUUUGUGGUUGACGGGAAGGUGAAUGCUUUACAAGGGUAGGUGGCAGGCCUCAUAAAAGCACUUUUAGCUGACACUUGUAUGUUUUGUACAAGCGAAUCAUAUUCAAGCUAUUAUGUACUCUUAGCAAGGUCUCUUCUACUUCAUAAUAACAAUUGAAUGGGUUGUUGGAAUAAGCAUGUACCAAUGGAUGCUCUCUUGGAAAAUAUAAGAACUUGAAGAGGUUUGUGGGAAAAAGAGGCAAGUUGCUACAGAAUUGUGCUAUAUUUGUACUUGAUUUUGUCCCUUUUGCAUGGAACGAUGACCAAAGGUAAGAGUGAAGAGACUUUGAUCUAAUUUGCUAGAGGACUUCCAAUUUACAUAGGCAUUAAUUUGUCAAAGACAAUUUGGAAGAGUUAAGUUUCCUUUUGUUUCUCAUGGUAUUGCAAAGAUCCAUAGGUGUAGUUUCCAUUUCACUGAUAACGGGCAUAUAUACUCCUAGGAAACAAGGAAGGCCAUGCUGACUCAAUCCUCAUUGAAAGCGAGGUGACCCUGUUCACUAAAUUUUUGAUGGGCAUGGCCAUGCAGAUCUUCCUUCAGAGGAAUUCAUCGGAGGAGGAAACUAGGUCUAUGAGGAACAUGCCCACCAUAUUUGUAGAGAUUAUUCAGAGAGUAGGGUGCAUGCUCAAGGAUGAGGAAGACAAGCCAUACCAGAAAGCUGGAUGUGGAGGGUUUGGAAAGGGCAAUUUCUCAGAACUCUUCAAAUCGAUUGAGGAAUAUGAGAAAACACUUGAAGCGAGAGCAAUCGCUAAACCAACUGUUGCUUGA